UUCUCACCUCUAGUGGCUACGCCAUUUUGUGUAAAAGAGAAAAAUUGAGAAUUACAAAAUAAGAAAGCGAAUUCUUUUGUGUUAAUAAUAAGGUGUAAAGUAAUUUUAUAUGCUUAAAUAUUAGUAUAUAGAUGCUGUGUAGUGUUUAAAUAUUGACAGUACGUGUGAUACGCCCAUUCGCUUUAAUACGUGUGGAUCUACACAUUCAUAAUUAGAUAAUCUCCAAUUAUGCCGACAACAUAUUUAAUUGUUACCUGUUAGUGAAAGCAAAACCUGCCAGGUAAACAAUUGGACAUAAACAAUAAUCAACCGACAUGUCUACAAUAAAUCGCCGGAUAAAAGUCAAAUUUCGAGAUGCUGUACUGAAAUCCCACAAAGCCAAUGCUUUGAAAUGUGAUCGAAUGGCUUUUACCGGCGUAACAUCAAUUUUAACGGCUGGAAAAGAGUGUUGCCAAUCAGUAUUAAAUGUCAAAUUAUCAAGAUCAAAGAAGUCUGAAUCAAUAUGUACCCAGAAGCCCCCCGUUAAAGCUUCAUAUUAUAAUCGUAACACUCCAAAUGAUCCUGCGGUAAAUACUACUUUAAAGCGACGCAGAUCCGCCAGGCAUGCCUCGGUCUCGGUCUCUGUCUCUGCUAAGGAGGCACCAAUUGUUUGCAAGACUAAGAAAGCUCUAUGGCAAAAUUGUAACAUGCUUGCGAUACUACUGGUAACAUUUUACCUCAUAAGCUCAUCACAUUCGAUAUUAGUCGAAGAACAAAACAUAGCCGGCAGUGCUGAAGAGCACUUGUCUCUCAAGGGCAUCGCCAAUUCGAACAAUACCAGCACCAGCUUCCGAAGUGCCGCCGGUAAGUCAAUGUUAAGCAACAGUAGUACUGCGGGCAGCGGGUUAGGUAGAUCUUCCGUUGCGGCAAGCGGAUAUCUGGACAAGUUGGACAAUUUGGAGCGAAGUGUAGCCGCUGUUUUGAUCAAAGUGGCCUAUGGAACAACGUCAACGACCAAACGAAGCAUACCCGACAAUAGCUAUAUCUUGGGUCUCACCACUGUCGCGACGCCACUUCUAACAACUCUUCGAUACCAAUCCUCGAAUCAAGCUCAGCAUAACGGUGCUCGCCAUAGAAACUAUGAGCUGGACUUGGAAAGAGAUCACGCUUUGCCAACCUCGGCACCAAAUGCUGAUAUCUUGAAGAGUAAUAAUAAUCCAACGUACCCGAAUCCAAAUCGUCAUCACAGCAGCAGUCAUGACCGCGAUCGUCAUCGACACACAAUGCAAUACAAUUCAACACCGAUGCCAUCAAUUCCUAACUUAUUAAAGAAAGCCAACGGCCAGCCGACAAUACCAAUGUAUCCUGGAGAUAUUCCGUCGUACUCGCCACCAUCAAGAUCAUUUUUUACGCCGCCAUUACCGCCGGAAUAUCAAAACCCAUUUGCAGACAAGCCCACGUUACGAGGCACUAAUAACGAGGGUCUUAUAUCAAAUACGGUACCGUUUAAUAACAGGCGGCCGAUACCGCCACCCAGUCUGAUGCCUGGCCAUGAAAGGAUACCAUUUCGUCCGCCCGAUCUUGCUGCCUCAAUUGGCAACACGGAUGGAAAUUCGAAUCACAAUGCAAAUGAAAGCUAUCCAAGUAGUUCGGUGGAUGGUAAAAAGCCACUUGUCGCGACCAGCAUGCAAGGAGGAGCCUUUGACGUCGCCGGAGAUCGUAAAAAAGCACUCAAUACACCGUCACGGCCGGGCAAUGAUGCAGUCGCAGCCGUUGAAGCGUCGGAUCAUAAUAACAAUGCCAAUUAUCAUAAUGUGCAAGAUAUUGGCGUGACCAAGAGCAAGGAAUCCUCCAAUGCAAAUAAGAGGCAAGAGGUUCUGCCGAACAUUAGACGCAUACUAGGAUCAAAUGGCAAGAAAGGUGACAUACCUGCUGUUCUAUUACGACAUGUGACACAGCGACCCUUGGUCAACUAUCAUCAACCGCCAGCGUCGCCGAUAGUUUCGGUCGAUAAUGCGGAAAUAGCAAAGGAGAGCAGCAGCAGCAGCAGCAGCAGCAGUAGUGAUGAUAGUGCUGCAUCUGCAUCGGUUAGUCCAAACAUAAAUAAGAGCAAACAGUCGGCCGGAAAAUUGGACGAUGCCGUGCCAAGAGAUUUGUUUGGCAACAAUGCUAGUCAGGCAGCAGUUACCACACCUUCGGCUGCAGCUGCAAUUGGUGAGGCGGCUGCCACAUCAUUUACAUCUGCAACGACAAAUGCAAGGCCAACUAAUGCAGGAAAAGCUGCUGACACAGCCACAGGCCAAGGCACAGGAUCUGUGGGUGGUGGUGCUGCUGCGGCUGCGGCGGCGUCUGCUCAUACCACAUGGACGUGGGCGUGGAACAUACAUAUUUAUUUAUCGGUCAUUCUGUACACGAUUUUGGCAGUCUAUUCGCUUUACAAGCUUGUCACCUUUGACAAGCUGACGCAUCUAUUCGCCCAGUCAUAUUUUGUGUACAUCUACCUCAUACUUAUUGCCAUUUGUAUAAUGCGCAUCUUUUACUUAUGCUUCGAUGCUUACAAUAUUCAUGGAACUUUUCCAAUAUUUGCCGCAGAGCUUUUAUUGAAUUUGCCAUCAACAUUCUUGACUGUUGCCUUCGCUGUGCUCAUUUUGUUUCUGUUUUUAAAGUCCUUGAAUCACAAAAACAAUCGCUACUCAGCGCUGGUGCGACCGCUAACCGUCGUCGUCGGCUGUGGUGUACACGUUGGACUCUGCAUUACCCUGCAUUAUGUCGAAUCGUAUACCCUGCAAAAUCAUCACUUGUACUUUCAGCAACAGCAACAGCAGCAAUAUUUUCGCCGCCAACAGCAGCAGCAGCAACAACAGGUUAGCAUGUCGCCUUCGACCAGUCUGGCCAAUCCACCGCCACCACCACGGGUUCUUUCGCUUAUAUGCCAAAUUAUUUAUAUAUUCAUAUGCCUUAGCUUGGGACUCUUGUAUCUGUAUUUAUAUCGCAUACUGAAGCGCAUACUAAGAAGCAAAUCCCAAAAUUAUAUACAUGGCUAUCAGAAUCUAUCCUAUGCUAUUCAUAUCACAAUUGCAACAGCAUUGCUAUUUGUUUUAUUGGCUGCUCUGCAAAUCUUUGGCGCGGUUUGCAUCUCAGCAGCGCGACCCCUGAUUAGCCAGGCGAAUAUUAUUGUUGAGGUCGAUUGGAUGCAGUGGGGAUAUCAGUUUUCAUUGCGUCUGAUCGAGAUAGCAAUCAUAACAUUGAUAUCAUGGGUGACGGGCCUAAAAACCAGCGUUGGCAGCAAUGCCAACGGUAGCGUCGCCGUUAACGGCGAUGUCCGAAUGGUCGGCGGGACAGCUGCUGGGAUGAGCGGUUUUGCCAAUGCUGCAAAUGCCACCGGCAGUGUAAUGAGAGAAAAACACGGUGCUGCUGCUGCUGCCCAUCAUCAUCACAAUUCGCAUUCAAAUGUUGCCAAUUUCUUUUUGCCGUGCACAUCGAGCUCAAGCCAGGAACAGUUUGAAACUGAUUAUCCAGCCAUUUGCAAUGCCAAUACAAAUCUUCAUACGUAUACAAUGCGCACCGGCAAGCUGAUAUAUGAUGAUAGCUAUGCGCUGAACUCGCUGGCGGGGCCAUCGGCAGCUUCUCCGAGCGGCGGCGGCAAUACUGAGUAUCAGCUGCAGGAGCCAAUGUACCAGAGACCCUACGAUACUGGCUCAAUAAGAAGUGCUAUUAAUCACAACAUAACAGCCGAAUAUGGUCCACAAGCUUCUUCGCGUUACCAUCAACAUCAUCCACAUCCACAUCCGCAUCCACAUCAUCAUCAUCAUAAUAUGCGUGCGGCACAUGAACCGGCAGCCUAUAUGAGCGCCGAUUAUAUGACCGAUGCCACAACCGAUCAUUACGAAAAUCCAAAUUUUGAUUUACGUACAAGCUCAACGGGUGCUGUUGGCGUCGGUGUUGGUGUCGGAGUCGGAGUUGGGGCCAUGCAAAAGUUGGGCAAAAACCCAGUCAGCUCUGGUUCUGCAUCUGCAUCAGCAUCUGGCUCUGGGUCUGGAUCAUCCGGUACAUCUCAGCAACAAAUGCUGCUAUUGCAGAGUGACAGCUGCUAUUCAGAGCCAUUGCAAGAGAACUCAAGCUAUGAAUUUAAUAACUUUGAGCGGCCCGUAUUCAAAGAAAAAUCCAUUGGCGGCAGUAGCUCACAUCCGAGCGAUGAGUGCUGGCCCGACCGAGAGCGAGAAAAUCUCAAAUUGACAAAGUGUUGUGAUAGAAAACCGAAUAAUAAUAGUUCGACACUCGAUGCUGCAACAUUUGAAAAUCCGGAGCGACGUAGUUCCAAUUCAACCAAUUCAUGUUCCUCCUCAAACGGUAUCCGUUACGCCAGCUAUAACUCAUACGAGCGCGGCGCCCAUUACAAUGGUGUGCGAAAGAGUGGCACUCUAAACAAUAUUGUUAAUGGAGCAACUGGUACGGGUAAAGGCUCUGGUCCUGGUCCUGGUCCUGGUCGUGCAAUAACUGUUGUACCAGGCAGUAAAAGAGUAAACGGUGCACAGACAUUGGCACACACAGAACGUUCGCACUAUUUUCAAAGGAGUGGACGCACUCUGAAUACCAUUAAUCGUUCAUUAGCUACAAAUGAUUUUGAAUUAACACCAAGCGUUUGCAAUGAAUUGUUGACGCUAAAGCAACACCAAAUUAAACAGCAUCAGCAGCAGCAGCAGCAACAACAUCCGCAGUACAAUCACAACAAUUCAGAGGAGGAGGAUGAGGAGGAAUACGACGACGACGAUAUGAUAUCAGGAAGUAAUGUAGAGUGCACCAAUUUGAUAAGCAACAAUGAGCAUGGUUAUUGUAUAGCAAGCGAAAACAGCAUCACAUCAAAUCCACUUUCUACACAACACCUGCAUGUACAAAAUAAUUCAAAAUCCAUACAUCAUCUGCAUCAACAGCAGGAAGCAGCCGCCGCCGCCGCCAGUGUGCCAAGCUCCUCCGAGUUGGAGCCGAAAAUUGUUGCCUCAUCAACAGUAGCCGCAUCCGCAUCAGCUUCGCCUUCAAGUGCCUCGGAUAGCAUGAUUGUUGCUGAGCAGGGUUUCUUGCGCUUUCGCGCCAAUGAGGAUGUCAAUGCCCAACAGCGAAUCGAAGGUGUGAUGCAUCAUCAGCAAAAUCGGAGCGUGUCCAACGCCCUAUCGCAAAUUUGUAGUAAUGUUAAUGGCAUCGAUUGCUAGGCAAUUCGUUCAUAUAUAUAUAUGGAUAAGAUAUGUCCGAUUCUCGAUUCUAAUCUCUAUCGGUCGAGUGCCGCCGCCGCUUACUGCCAAUUGUAGUUAAUUCGCCACUUUCUACUCUCUUCAAACUUGUGAUAUACAUAUUAAUAAUAAUGAUAUAUUAUAUAUAUAUAUACAAGUAUGUGUAUAUAUAUAUAUAUAUAUUAUAUAUCUACUAUACAUUACAAACAAUAUCCUAAAAUGUAAAAAAACAAAAAACGUAGUAUUCAUACUGAAAUUUUGCUGCAAUUGUGACGUUUGAAUCCCGAAAUAUCAAUACUUAUGUAUAUAUAUAUAUAUAUAUAUAUAUAUAUAUAUAUAUAUUUUGUAUAUACUGUAAUAUAUUUGCAUAAUUUGCUCGAUGCAAAAUUUUCUACAUACACACUAAUUUGUUUUUAUUUAUUGUUUAUAAAUUAAUGCAAACAGCAGCUUUUUACCGUUUGACAGCUUACAUAGCAUUUAAAUUCAUAUAGCAUAGAUUUUUAUAGCAGUUACAACAUGCAUACUUAUAAAUAUAUAUAAAAACAAACAAAAAAGAAGUGUAGUUUUAAGCAAUUACAUUUAAUGUAAAUUUAAUUAUCGUAUUCAAACUGUUAAUUGUAAACAAUAUAUUCUGAGGGCAUUCAUCGACAAAAUGAUUUCAUUAAUGCUCCUUUACUCACAUAGUA